UUUCCCAGCUGCCUGUACUGUCUUCCUCUUCCGCUCUAGAGUCAUAUCUUCAAGCCAUAUGAUUUAUCAGGGCUUUUCUGUUCUUAUUUGAAAAAGACCCUUUUUGAUAUUUCCAUCUUUUUUUUUUUUCCUAAAGACAAAUAAUCGAAAUGCAAGUUCUUGCAUGCCAUUCUUCCUCCCUCAAUUCUCGUGGAAAUAGCUUACUCCUUAGCAGACGGGAGCUCUUGUCCUCUGUCUCUUCAAACAUUUCUCUGCGCGACGUCGUUUCUUCCCAGUCCAUUUCAACUCUAAGGGCUGGUCAAGAUCAGUCUUCCAACUUGGGUGAUUUGAUACUCAAAAGCAUUCCUUUGACCACAAGGCGGAUGUUGUUAACAAGUCUUGCCCUGCAUUUCUCUUAUUACCCUUCGAGGAUUCGUAUACUUCUGUUGAUGUCCGAGUAUGCGAUGAAUUUUUGGCAUGCAGCCCAAGCAUUGGGUGAUCCAAGUGUCACAGUUGAAGAUGUAACACCUCCCAUUUUCCCUUCUGGGGCUCUAUUCCCUACUGAGGAAAGAAUUGUUGAACUGUUUGAGAAGAAUACAUACUCUGUUGUCAAUAUAUUUGAUGUAACAUUGCGACCCCAGCUUAAAGUAACUGGCAUGGUUGAGAUUCCCGAAGGAAAUGGUUCUGGAGUGGUCUGGGAUGAACAGGGACACAUUGUAACAAAUUAUCAUGUGAUAGGCAAUUCACUCUCAAGAAAUCCUAGUCUUGGUCAAGUUGUUGCACGAGUUAACAUUCUGGCAACAGAAGGGGUGCAGAAGAAUUUUGAGGGCAAGCUGAUUGGGGCUGACCGUGCUAAGGACCUUGCUGUCUUGAAGGUAGAAGCCUCUGAAGAUCUCUUGAGGCCAAUUAGUGUUGCACAAUCAUCUUCUCUAAGAGUUGGACAGCAAUGUUUAGCAAUUGGAAACCCAUUUGGUUUUGAUCACACUCUCACUGUUGGGGUUAUUAGUGGAUUGAAUCGAGACAUUUUUAGUCAAACUGGAGUCACAAUUGGUGGUGGAAUUCAAACAGAUGCAGCAAUCAAUCCUGGAAAUAGUGGAGGUCCUCUGCUCGAUUCAAGAGGAAAUUUAAUUGGGAUUAAUACGGCUAUAUUUACUCAGACUGGUACAUCUGCUGGUGUUGGUUUUGCCAUUCCUUCCUCAACUGUGCUCAAGAUUGUGCCAAACUUGAUCCAGUUCGGAAAAGUUGUUCGAGCUGGUUUGAAUGUCGAAAUUGCUCCAGAUCUUGUGGCAAAUCAACUUAACGUUCGAAACGGAGCUCUUGUCCUUCAGGUUCCUGGAAAUAGUCUUGCAGCCGAGGCUGGUUUGCUUCCAACUUCAAGAGGUUUUGCUGGUAAUAUCAUACUCGGGGAUAUCAUUACCUCUGUUGAUGAUAAACCGGUUAAAAACAAAGCAGAUUUGUACAAAGUUUUGGAUGACUACAAUGUGGGUGAUAAGGUAAUCUUAAAGAUUCUUAGAGGUAGUGAGAAUGUGGAACUGCCAAUAGUCUUAGAAGAGAAGAGUUUAUGACAGGAUUUGCCCCUCUGGUUUAGAGGACUGUUUGUAGCUAUAUAUAUAUAUAUAUAUAUAUAUAAGAAAAUUGUAUAUGGUGUACUGUGUAUUUCAAAAAUC